CAUAAUAGUAGCUCAAGCCCACAAUGCAGCGCGUACAUCCCCCCACCCAACCUCUAACGUUGAUAAGCAAAGAUGGCGGUAUUUCCGCUAUGAAUGUUUGUGUGAACUUUCCUACUUGGUUUUGUAUAGCAAAAACAUUCUUUCCUGCUUCCAAAUGCUAGCAAGUGACUGUCGUUAAAUAGAGCGGUGGUACGGCUUGUUAUAACUCGAUUGAAGCGACAGAGUUGAGAGACCCUUGAAGACAAAAUAUUGAAGUGGACCAGCUAUGAAGCAGGCUCUGUCCCUGGUUCAGAAAUUGAGCGCACACCCGGACUCUCGGUGCUGGUUUGUCAGUUGGAGCCCGAACGGGGCGCUGCUUGCCUCGUGUGGGGGUGACAAGACCAUCCGGAUAUGGGGACACGAAGGUGAUUCUUGGAUAUGCAAGAGUGUGCUACAGGAUGGACACCAACGCACUGUGAGGAAGGUGGCAUGGUCUCCCUGUGGGAACUAUCUGGCUUCUGCCAGCUUUGAUGCAACCACAUGCAUCUGGAAAAAGAAGGAAGAUGACUUUGAGAGUUUGACUGUGUUGGAAGGACAUGAAAAUGAGGUCAAAUGUGUGGCGUGGGCUCCUUCAGGGAAUCUGCUGGCCACAUGUAGCAGAGACAAGAGUGUUUGGGUCUGGGAAGUGGAUGAAGAAGAUGAGUAUGAGUGCGUUACAGUUAUCAACUCUCACACACAAGAUGUCAAGCAUGUUGUGUGGCACCCGACCCAAGAACUGUUGGCGUCUGCAAGCUAUGACAACAACAUUUGCAUAUAUAAGGAAGAGGAUGAUGACUGGGAGUGCCGUGCCACCUUGCAAGGACACACAUCCACUGUCUGGAGUUUGUGUUUUGAUGCAACUGGAGAGAGGAUGGCUUCCUGCAGUGAUGACCGCACUGUGAAGAUUUGGAAAGAGUAUCCAACUGACAGCGGUCAGGGUAACCUGUCUUGGAAGUGUGUUUGCACUCUGUCUGGGUAUCAUGGACGAACAGUGUAUGAUGUUGUCUGGUGUCGGCUAACUGGUGCCCUUGCAACUGCUUGUGGAGAUGAUGCAGUACGAGUGUUCAAGGAAGAUGUCACAGCAAAUCCGGACGAGCCGGUGUUCUCCCUGGUUGCUCAGGUGACCAAAGCUCACAGCCAGGACGUUAACUGUGUUGCAUGGAACCCGAAGGAGGCGGGACUCCUGGCUUCCUGCAGCGACAGUGGAGAGAUUGCUAUUUGGAGAUUUCAAGAGGAGGACUGAAUCCUUGGUCCAUGUGUGCCUGCUCACAUUUUCAUUUCUGCAAGUUACACUGGGGACAUGAUCUUGAAGGCAUCUCAUCACUGUUCAUCUUUUAAUUUGAUAGCUGGGUUAAUUUCUGCUCGACUUUACAUCACGUUCAUCAAUGUGCCACAGCUGUUUCAAGUAUACUGCUGCAUCAUGUGUGUUUUAAUUUUACAUCUUGGAAAUUGCUUAAUUAAGACUUGAAAAUGUUUAUAUAAAGUAUAAAAACCAUAA